UGAACACACAAUCAAUGUCCAUCUGAUAGUUCCUUUUAUUGGAGUGGUGAUUGGUCUGUAGGAACAAUCUAUUAGCAAUUGCCACCAUGUUGCUGUUGUGCUCACUAUUGGUUGUGGGAUGUAGUUUUAUUGCUGCUGCUCCAUUUUCUGGAACCAUGACAGCCUUUUAUAAGAACAGUCCAGAUAUGAUUAAUAAAAUACCUCGCCAUGCUGCCUUUUCUGAUUCCUUGGGGAACACCGUCAUAGCAGAUCCCAACUUCUCAAGAAGAGAGCAUUUGAUUUCCAAUCAAAAUGUCAACAACAUUCCAGUAAACAUGGAUGUAAACAACGGUGAAUCAAGUGAUGGAACACUGAUAAGGCGAAGGAGGCUGGCAGAUGACAAAAAAUUAGACUUGAAGAUGAAAAUGCAAAGAGUGAAGAAAGUAGUAAGCUUGGACGCCAUCGGCUCAUACAGCUUGUUCCGAAGUGACGAUCGAAAAACAUCCCUCAAAGCUUUUGGUUCUACUGAGCUGUGGUACGAUGGAAAUGGUUUUGGACUAAAGAAACCUGGUCUAGGAGUCCAGUUUACCAUAUACUACUAGACAAAUAGUGAAAUAAAUAUGUAAAUUUUGAUAUUUUGUACAUGCAUUAAAAUGUGAUAUUGCUCAAUAAAUAUAAC